ACCGGAAGCAAAGGAUACGGUUUCCAUGAGGACGGAUAUCCGGUUGUCUUGUACAGCGCCAUUUCAUUUCACAAAGACUCUCUCCUUCACACCACGAGGACUACAGAGGUCCAACUUAAACUGCAAUCAUUAAGGAACCCACCAUGCAUCGGGACUGCCCGCUGGACUGCAAGGUGUACGUCGGCAACUUAGGGAACAAUGGCAACAAGACAGAGCUGGAAAGGGCCUUUGGCUACUAUGGCCCCCUCCGCAGUGUCUGGGUGGCGAGGAACCCCCCAGGCUUUGCUUUUGUGGAGUUUGAAGACCCCAGGGAUGCAACAGAUGCUGUAAGGGAACUCGAUGGAAGGACAUUGUGCGGCUGUCGUGUGCGGGUGGAGCUGUCCAACGGUGAGAAACGCUCCCGCACCAGGGGCCCGCCACCAUCCUGGAGUCGUCGACCACGCGAUGACUACCGCCGGCGGAGCCCGCCCGCUCGGGGUCGCAGAUCCCCCCGGAGAAGGAGCUUCAGCAGGAGUCGCAGCAGGUCGCUCUCCAGAGACCGUAGGAGGGAGAGGUCUCUGUCACGGGACAGGAACCACAAACCGUCUAGAUCUUUCUCCAGGUCACGCAGCCGCUCCAGGUCUAAUGACAGAAAGUAAAGGCCAUGCGGGUGGCUAAAGGAGAACAUUUCGCACGUCAGAGUCUAAGGCAAUGAAGAAGAAAAUCUCAAACGGUCGCCUAUCAAUGGAUAUUACUGCCCCAGAGUCUUUCUUUUUCUUUCUUUCCUUUUUGGGCUUUGGUCUUUUAUAUUACAUCAAUUUUAGCUUUUGUCUUUGAUUUUUGCAGUGUGUUUUCUCCCCGCUAUGAUAUGUAAGGUACCUGAUAUCUUCUGUGAUUUUUGUAAAUAGUUUUAUUCAGGUGUCAUGCUUUACUUUUAGUCCACUCUUACUCUGCAGCAUUCCACUGCGUCUGUCUUUGUAUUGGUAGAGUCUGAAUGUAAAGAUCACAAAUUAUAACUGUAGUCUAUGUUUUCCAGAGGUUUUUUUUUGUUUUUAUUUUAGCUAUUCAUGUAAAACGUCUGAUUCUGAUCCCGUACUUCAUGAUGUAAAUUGUUUUUUAUUUACUCUGCCGUUUCAUGUAGAAGGCUCUGGUUCCUCAUAGGAGACUGUAUGCUAGGCCAUCUCAAGGGAAAUGAAUGAAUGAAAGAAAGAAUGGCACUAAGAAAUGGCUUCUUUUUUUAAAAAAAAAACCCAUGGAAGAUUUCCCCAUGUUUGUACCGUUUAUAAUGUUAUCAGAAUUAAAACUGGUUAAACUAA